AUGGCAGAUCCCAAGAUUCAGGAGCUGCUGAACAAGCCGCGCAAUGAGCUCACGUAUGCAUCCAUCCAUCCUUCUGCUGACCUUCCCCUUUCACCCAACGAUGAAUACACCCAGAACCAGCUUGAAGAGCACGAAUUCACCUCGGGCCCCCUCUCGAUCCUCCAGACUGCGGUCAAGUCGCACACCCAGGUCCUCAUCUCCAUCCGCAACAACCGCAAGCUCCUUGCUCGCGUCAAGGCGUUUGACAGACACUGCAACAUGGUUUUGGAGAACGUAAAGGAGAUGUGGACGGAGACGCCGCGAUUAGCAGACGGAAAAAAGGGACGACCUGUGAACAAGGAUCGAUUCAUUAGCAAGAUGUAA